CUCCCCAGCCUUCACACUUGACUCGUCCAUUCCAUUCUUCUCAUUCCGAUCGCCAAUAACUUAACAUAAUAUGAACCUUAAUCUAAUCGCCACCGUUAUCCCUGGUUGCGCCGCCACUCUACGCCGCCUCUUCGCCACCGUCGAAUCCACCAACAGCUCCGCUUUCUCUCGUUUACAUUAACAAACAACACACAGACACAUAUAUAUGCAUCCUUUCUGCUGCGUCUCCGCCAUCUCCGAUCACUCUUCCGCCGGCUUCGACAUGCCUCCUCUUCCCCCCGCCGCCGCCGUCAGAUCCGAUUCGGUUCUCCUACCCGCUAACCAUAACCAUGGUCAAAUCAACCACUGCAUCACGAACGGCAGCGACUGGAGCCGCUCGAGUCAACAGCAACAGCAGCAGCCGCCGCAGGCGUCUGCGGCGGCGGUGGACGUGAAGAUCAACGACCUUGUCGGGAAUGGAAUCUCCGGGAUACUGCACAAGUGGGUGAACUACGGCAAAGGAUGGAGGCCUCGGUGGUUCGUGCUCCAAGAUGGCGUUCUCUCCUACUACAAGAUUCACGGACCCGACAAGAUCGUCGUCAAUCCCGAAACUGAAAAGGGAUCCAAAGUCAUCGGCGAAGAGUCCAUGCGAAUGAUCGCUCGAAACCGCAAUUCUCGUCAUUCCAAUCACCCCAACUUCCACCGUCGACGAAAGCCCUUCGGCGAAAUCCAUCUCAAGGUUUCUACCAUUCGUGAGAGCAGAUCUGAUGACAAGCGCUUUUCCAUUUUCACUGGGACAAAGAGACUCCACUUGAGGGCUGAGACUCGUGAAGAUCGAGUGGCAUGGAUGGAGACCUUGCAGACAGUGAAAGAUAUGUUCCCCAGGAUGUCCAACAGUGAACUGAUGGCUCCGGUGGACAAUGUGGCUAUUUCAACUGAGAAACUGAGGCAUCGGCUUCUGGAAGAAGGUGUAAGUGAGCCAGCCAUUCAGGAUAGUGAGCAAAUUAUGAGAAAUGAGUAUGCAGCACUACAAAACCAGCUUAUGUUGCUUAAGCAGAAGCAGUUGACCCUAAUCGACACUCUGAGGCAUUUAGAGACAGAAAAGGUUGAUCUGGAGAACACUGUUGUUGAUGAGAGCCAAAGACAAUUGAAUGAUCAAGAGGCUUCGUCUAGAUUAAGGCAGGAAAAAUCUAGUGGUAAGUCAAGUGCAAGUGAGUCUGAGGAUGAUAAUGAGAGAAAUGAUGCAGCAGAAGAAGAAACAGAUGAAGAUGACACCGCCUUUUUUGACACUCGUGAUUUUCUGUCAUCCAGUUCUUUUAAAAGCAAUGGAUCUGAUUUUAGGGUUUCAUCUUUCUCUUCAGAUGAUGGACUCCAUGCAGUUGAAUCAGAGGAGGAUGUAGAUCCUUUGAUUAGAUCUGUUGGGACCAACUAUCCUUAUAUUAAGCGGCGUAAGAAAUUGCCUGACCCUGUUGAAAAAGAGAAAGGUGUCAGUCUUUGGUCAAUGAUUAAGGAUAAUAUUGGGAAGGAUCUAACUAAAGUUUGCCUUCCUGUUUAUUUUAAUGAGCCUCUCUCCUCUCUGCAAAAAUGUUGUGAAGAAAUGGAGUAUUCGUAUCUUCUAGACCGAGCAUAUGAGUGGGGAAGGAGGGGUAAUAGCCUCAUGAGGAUUCUCAAUGUUGCUGCUUUUGCUGUAUCUGCCUAUGCUUCAACUGAAGGGAGAAUUUGCAAACCGUUUAAUCCGUUACUAGGGGAAACAUAUGAGGCUGACUUUCAAGAUAAAGGCCUUCGAUUUUUUUCAGAGAAGGUCAGUCAUCACCCUAUGAUAGUCGCAUGUCACUGUGAGGGUACAGGUUGGAAAUUUUGGGGAGAUAGCAAUUUAAAGAGCAAAUUUUGGGGCCGAUCAAUUCAGCUUGAUCCUGUUGGUAUUUUGACUUUGGAAUUUGAUGAUGGUGAAGUAUUCCAAUGGAGUAAGGUUACUACAUCAAUAUACAAUCUCAUUUUGGGAAAGUUGUAUUGUGAUCACUAUGGUACAAUGCGCAUACAGGGAAACCGAGAAUACUCGUGUAAACUGAAAUUCAAGGAACAAUCUAUAAUUGAUCGAAAUCCUCACCAGGUUCAAGGUAUUGUUCAGGACAGAAAUGGGAAAACAUUAUCUACGUUACUUGGAAAAUGGGAUGACAGCAUGUAUUAUAUUAAUGGAGACUAUGGCGGGAAGGGGAAAGGUUAUGAAUCUUCAUCAGAAGCCCAUCUGCUCUGGAAGCGGAGCAAGCCUCCCAAGUUUCCCACUAGAUACAAUUUCACUCGCUUUGCCAUUACAUUAAAUGAACUCACCCCUGGAUUAAAGGAAAAGCUGCCACCAACUGAUUCCAGGUUAAGACCAGACCAAAGGUAUUUGGAAAACGGGGAGUAUGAGAUGGCUAACUCUGAAAAGUUACGGCUAGAGCAGCGGCAACGGCAGGCUCGGAAGAUGCAAGAAAGCGGUUGGAAACCACAGUGGUUUACUAGGGAUAAAGCAAGCGGUACCUACCGCUACUUAGGAGGGUAUUGGGAAGCCCGAGAACGAGGAAAGUGGGAGUCCUGUCCUGACAUCUUUGGCCAAAUUGCUUCUGAUCAUCUUUCAGACGAAGGUCAAAUUACAUUGUAGAUUUUCAAUUUUUUCCUCCAAUUUUUUUUUUUUUUACUGAUGGGUGCCAUAGGACUGCUAUAUCGCAGUUAAGGUACCCCCGUCUAAUUCAUGACAGCCAAUCAUUUGAAAAUAUGAACAGGUAAUAAUGUAAUUCUUUUUCCAUUACAAGUCUCAUUUUAUAUCAUCAUUAUUUUUAUUAUUA